GUGCCGUGCUGAGGCCUGUGGCUGGUGCCGGUUUUCGUCGCCUGGCGGUGGGAUGAUCGGCGCGGGCGAGCAGCGGGCGGGCGCGGUGUACGAGAGGCGCGUUUACAAGAAUGCCUCUGACUACCAGUACAUGAAGGUCCGCCUGUGAGUGAUAGAGGGCGAACUGAGGUGGUUCCGCUGCGCACAAAGCAAGCUCGUGGUCUUCUGAUUGGUGCUGCCGUGCCUAUUGAUGUUCUGAAAUUUGAAGAGCAAUCAUUAACAGCGAUACUAAGGGUAAGAGGAAGUGACCUUGUGAAGCUCUGGAGUGCAUUGACCCUGGUGGCAUCCUAUAAAGAUGCGAAGUGUGCUUUCAGAGUUAUACAGGUCUCUCCAUUUCUUCUUGCACUAUCGGGCAACAGCAGAGAAUUUCUGUUGAUCUGAGAUACUGACUUUAUCUAGACUGGGAUAUAAUAUUUUUGGAAGGAUGUCCUUCCGUGGUCCAAGCAUGAUGCUUGGUGUAUUUCAGAGAACAUUAAAAAUGAAUCAGUGGCGCGCAGGUGGCAUUGUGGUGCAACAUGAUACUUUUCUUAGGUCUGUGCACGUUCAAGCUGGAGAGAGAGCUGAACUUACCAGAGUUUUUACACAGGGUGACGUGCUUACCUUUGCAGAGUUAACAGGUGAUACUAACCCGCUUCACCUUAGUGAGGAUUAUGCUAAAGCUCAUCGAUUUGAAAAGCCAGUUGUGCAUGGUAUAUUAGUAUGUGGGUUAGUAUCCGCUGUUCUGGGAACCAAAAUACCUGGAUGUGUUCUUCUGUCACAAGAACUCCGUUUCCUCUCACCUUUGUAUGCAGGUGAACAAGUCUCUGCAAUUCUAGAUAUAACUAAAAUCAAGAGAUCCAUUGCUUGGAUUACUGUUUCAUGCAUUGUCAAUGAAAAUAAGAAGGUUAUUUUGAAAGGUGAAGUCAAAGUAAUGCUGCCAGAAAGUAAAGGUCAAAAUGUAUAACUAUCCUGAAAUCAUGAAGUAAUUUGUGAAAUAUUUUUAAGAUUGUAUAUUCUGUUCAAGCUAUUAAAAUUGUGAUUUGAAAAUGGA